AUGUCUAGUUUUUCCAAUAUAACAUGGCGAUUUGAGGUGAGAGAAAAUGCUACACACCUUGUCCGGGUGCACUUUUGUGACAUUGUCAGUAGGACCCUCAAUUUUUCGAUAUUCAAUUUCUACAUUUUCAGCAAGUUCGAUCAGUUGAUCAAUCCAUACCACACAUUUCCCCAGUUGGUAGUUCCUUUUUACUAUGAUUUUGUGGUUGAUACGGAUGAUUCGGGUUUUUUGAAUGUCAGUAUUGGUCUCCGGAAUGAUUCGAAGCAUCAGUCAGCCUUUCUGAAUGGGCUGGAGAUUAUGCAGCUAAUCAAAGAAGUGGGAUCAGCUCCAAAGACAACGGAGCCAACUACAAAACAUUGGCGUAUGAUAGUUCGUUCAGUUGUUGGAGGUGUGGCUGUUAUCCUCAUAUUGGUAAUGGUGGUUUUGUUUGGUUUGAAAUACAGUAAGAUUACUCAACAAUCCAGCAGAGGCUCACCUCUUCCAAAUUUGAACCUCGGAUUAAAGGGCCUUCCAGAGUUCCAAACUGAGAUCAUGGUCGUAUUGAAAUUCACCAUCGCCAUCUUGUUUCUUCGAUUGGGUAUUACUCUAGGUGAUCAUUGUCUUCACGAUCUGAAUUGGAUUGGAAUUGAAGGCUUGAAAUCUGCAUUGGAGCAGCAAAGGAAAUCGGAUGUGUACUCUUUCGAGGUGGUUCUGCUUGAAGUUUUUUGUGCUAGACCAGCCAUUAGAAGCUUGCUUCUGCGGGAUCAAGUGAACUUGGCUGAUUGGGGGAUGUCUUGGCAAAAGAAAGGACAGCUCGAAAAAAUUGUUGAUCCUUUCCUGGAGGACAAAAUUAAUCCCAAUUCACUGAGAAAAUUUGGGGAAACAGUGAAGAAGUGUUUGAUGGAUUGUGGGAUUGGCAGGCCCGGAAUGAUCGAUGUGUUGUGGGAUCUGGAAUAUGCACUGCAGCUCAACCAAACCACAGUUCUAAGAGAGCCAUAUGAAGACAGGACCAUAGAUGCUUCAUUGGAGUUGUCAUUGCAUGUCGUUAAUCGCUUACCGUCUAAUAGCAUCACCAUGGAUGAAGAUGAAUGGACCCUGGGAGCGAUUGAUGGUUCAGAUACAAUUUUUAAAUGCUGGUGUGUUCUCCAGUUGAAAGUUGAUGAUGCCAGAUAA